ACAGGAUGUUUGAAGUGUAAUCAUGGCUGCUUAUUUGCCACAUAUGCACUGCUCUGGAUUGAUGCAAACCAACUGUAGUUCACUUUGUGGUCAACCCAAAGAAAAGGCUGUGGUUUUGUUUUUAUCCUUAAUCUUGAAAUAGGGGGCUGUGAAGUAUUUUUACAUCUGGUUCAAAGCUCCCUAAUUUGAUUAUUCUGCUUAUAAUUGCUAUUAAUGUUUUUCUUAUCUAGAUAAGCCUGGGGUUUGAGUUUCAUAUUUAAUUUCAGAUAGAGAUGUUUGCGCAUGUAUGUGUUUUUGUGAAACCCUAAAAAUAGUAGUAUGAAGGCUUCUAAGUGGUGGUUUCGGUAGUAAGGAACUCUUUACAAUUAACAUUUGAAUGAUCUCGUACAAAGUUGCAAAAUACCUCGGCAAGCUGAAAAAGAUACCACUUUUUUUUAGUUACUUCUAAUUGUUUAUGUGCUAAAUAGGAAAGUUAAGCAAUCAAAAAUAGUAUGCAUUCUGGGAAAUCAUAGUUCUGUUGGGAUUAAUACUAAAAAAGAAAUUAGGAGCUUAAUAUGUUAAAAGACCUAUAAAAGUUAUUAGAAAUUUAUGCUAAAAAUUUUAUGUAAUACUAAAAUUACAAUAUGUUCAAUUCAGAAAUUAGUAGCUGCAUGUGGAUUCUAAUUAUAGUGCAAGCAGUUGUUGUCUGGAAUCCUUUCCUCAGGAAAUGAAUCAUUAUGGAGCACUGCACUUUUUUAAAUACCUGAAGGGUUGCAGUCUUCAGUGCUUUUUGUAUUCUUUAGCCUACUUUAUUAUUUUUUUGUCCUUCCUUUUCUGUUUAACCAUGUGUUUAGUGUUCCUAUCCUGUAUUCUGUUUUUCUGCUGCUAUGGAUUUGGAAUAUAGAUAACUGAGUUUAGUGAGAGGCAGUAGGAUAGAGUUGGACGUGGAAUUGGGAGUUUUUCUGCUGAACUUCAAGAAUUAAGAACCAUAGGGGCAUACAAGUAUAGGACGUACAGAUCAUUCAAAAAAGGGUCGGACUAGUCUUAGAAACUUUGCCAUAGCCAUACUCAAUGCAAGAAGGUCGUAGAACAGUAUCCUCAGAUUUCUGAAGGAAAGAAAAUACAUCUCAAGCAUUUUAUAAACAUUUUAUUUUUCAAGUGUAAGACAAGAGACAUCCUAACCCAGGAAUACCAGAGAAGUAACAACACUGUUGACACUCUUUUCAAACCGACAAACAAACAAAAACCUAUCUGAGGACAUGUCCAGGCAACCAAUAGCUGAAUUAAAAUAAAAAGUCAGGAAUGGAGAAGCCACAGAAAAAUGGUGUGUGUUGACUACUACUUAAGGAACAUGCUUACCCAGCUGAUGAACUCAUGCCUUUAACCUGCAGAGGUCGUGUUAGAGGCCAGGAACCAAGUCGGGGUGACGUUGAUGACGCCUUGGGAAAAUUUUCCUUGACACUGAUUGAUUCUUUGGACACUCUUGUGGUAUUAAAUAAAACUAAAGAAUUUGAAGAUGCAGUGAGAAAAGUUUUAAGAGAUGUUAAUUUAGAUAAUGAUGUAGUUGUAUCAGUCUUUGAAACAAACAUCAGAGUUCUUGGGGGUCUGUUGGGCGGACACUCCUUGGCAAUCAUGCUGAAAGAAAAAGGCGAGUACAUGCAGUGGUACAAUGAUGAACUUCUCCAAAUGGCAAAGCAAUUGGGUUACAAACUUUUACCAGCUUUCAAUACUACCAGUGGCCUUCCUUAUCCAAGAAUUAAUUUAAAGUUUGGUAUCAGAAAACCAGAAGCUCGGACAGGAACUGAGACAGAUACCUGUACAGCUUGUGCAGGUACCUUGAUCCUUGAGUUUGCUGCUUUAAGUCGAUUCACAGGAGCAACAAUAUUUGAGGAAUACGCAAGAAAAGCUCUUGAUUUUCUCUGGGAAAAAAGACAGCGAAGUAGUAAUUUAGUAGGCGUGACUAUAAAUAUUCAUACUGGAGAUUGGGUAAGAAAAGAUAGUGGAGUUGGAGCAGGGAUUGAUUCAUAUUAUGAAUAUCUGUUGAAAGCCUAUGUCUUACUUGGAGAUGACAGUUUUCUGGAAAGAUUUAAUACACAUUACGAUGCCAUAAUGAGGUACAUUAGCCAGCCACCUCUUCUACUUGAUGUGCAUAUCCACAAGCCAAUGCUCAAUGCUCGGACUUGGAUGGAUGCUUUGCUCGCCUUUUUUCCAGGUUUGCAGGUCUUAAAGGGGGAUAUUAGACCUGCCAUUGAAACUCAUGAAAUGUUGUAUCAGGUGAUUAAAAAACACAAUUUCCUACCAGAGGCAUUUACGACAGAUUUCAGGGUACAUUGGGCUCAACAUCCUUUAAGACCAGAAUUUGCAGAAAGUACCUACUUCUUAUACAAAGCUACAGGAGAUCCUUACUACCUUGAAGUAGGGAAAACACUUAUUGAAAAUUUAAAUAAAUAUGCUAGAGUGCCUUGCGGAUUUGCUGCCAUGAAGGAUGUUCGUACUGGAAGUCAUGAGGACAGAAUGGAUUCUUUCUUCUUGGCUGAGAUGUUUAAAUAUCUUUACCUGUUAUUUGCCGAUAAAGAAGACAUUAUCUUUGACAUAGAAGAUUACAUCUUUACAACAGAAGCUCAUCUGUUACCUCUUUGGCUCUCUACUACAAAUCAAAGCAUCUCUAAGAAGAAUACAACUUCAGAAUAUACAGAACUGGAUGACAGUAAUUUUGAUUGGACUUGUCCAAACACUCAGAUUCUCUUCCCUAAUGAUCCGUUGUAUGCUCAGAGCAUUCGUGAACCCUUGAAAAAUGUGGUGGAUAAGAGCUGUCCUAGAGGCAUCAUCAGAGUCAGAGAGGAGAGUUUCAGGAGUGGAGCUAAACCCCCUCUGAGAGCCCGAGAUUUCAUGGCCACUAACCCUGAACAUUUAGAAAUCUUGAAGAAGAUGGGGGUGAGUUUGAUUCACCUCAAAGAUGGGAGAGUCCAGUUGGUUCAACAUGCAAUCCAAGCUGCUAGUUCAAUUGAUGCUGAAGAUGGGUUGAGGUUCAUGCAGGAGAUGAUUGAACUGUCAAGUCAGCAACAGAAAGAACAGCAGCUACCUCCACGAGCUGUACAGAUUGUUUCCCACCCAUUUUUUGGCAGGGUAGUGUUGACUGCUGGACCAGCUCAGUUUGGGCUAGAUCUGUCUAAACAUAAAGAGACGAGAGGAUUUGUUGCAAGCAGUAAACCAUACAAUGGUUGUUCAGAGCUUACUAACCCCGAGGCAGUGAUGGGAAAAAUCGCUUUGAUACAAAGAGGACAGUGCAUGUUUGCAGAAAAGGCACGCAACAUUCAGAAUGCUGGUGCCAUUGGUGGCAUUGUUAUUGAUGACAAUGAGGGGAGCAGCAGUGAUACUGCCCCUCUGUUCCAGAUGGCAGGUGAUGGGAAGGACACAGAUGACAUCAAGAUCCCCAUGCUAUUCUUAUUUAGUAAAGAAGGAAGUAUCAUACUGGAUGCCAUCCGGGAAUAUGAGGAGGUGGAGGUGCUCCUUUCUGACAAAGCAAAAGAUAGAGCAGCAAUAUUAAAAGGUAAAAUGAUUCCAAGCUACAUUAUUAACAGUAAUCCUGAAAUGGAAAAUGAAGAACAACCAUCCUCUGAAAAUGAUUCUCAGAGUGCUGAACAGAUUACAUCAAGUUCUCAGGAGGUUGAUUUGGUUGAUCAAGAGUCUCCUGAGGAAAGUUCUCUAAACUCUCAACCAGAAUCAUUAUCUCCAGCAGAUAUGGACAAUGCUGCAAGUGUUUCUCCUUCUGAACAGAUUUCUAACCCCAUGGAAAACCAUGAGACUACAAGUCUUGAUGGUGAAUGUACAGAUUUCGAUAACCAGCUUCAAGAACAAUCAGAAACUGAGGAAGAUUCCAAUCCUAAUGUUAGCUGGGAUAAAAAGGUCCAGCCUAUAGACUCCAUAUUAGCAGACUGGAAUGAAGAUAUAGAAGCAUUUGAAAUGAUGGAGAAAGAUGAACUAUGACUCACUAAAGAAUCUGGUGGUAGGUAUUUAAAAAGAAAAGCCAAACUGUGGUUAACAGACACCCGAAUACUAAGCAGGCUCUCUAAUGGGAGUCUUUAAGUAUGGUGAUGAGCAACCACGUUCUGACUGAGAUAGUUAACAUAGGAAUCUGGAGCAUGCCGUGUUAGAACUGACCUUGCUUAAAACCGUCCCAUCAAAAAUGGAAACUCCCAACCCUCCCCCUCUCCCCACCCUGACCCCAUGACAGCGUCGCGUGCCACCCUGCAGCACCUCAGGCCAGGAAAAGAUUGCUGGCGUUCCUAGGAACCAGAUUUCUGCAGUCUUGUCAGAUAGACAAGAAACAAAUUCGGUUAAUAGUGGAGAGGAGAAUAGGAAUUUGUAGAGCUUUCUAAUUAAAGGAAGUUCGGCUUUCUUGGUUUUGGGGUUAGAGACUCUUUGGGGGAAAAUACAGAUGAGUACUGCGGGCAUUCUGGUUAUGUUGCCUUCACAAAAACACUCAGAGUGACCUAAGUGAUUGUGAAGCAGAUGCGUUCAUGGUGAAAGCAGCCUUUGCGCAUCACUUUCACUUGCUUCAUUGUGUAACAAAUGAUCAAGAGGACUUGAUUUUUUUUCUCUCCUCACAAUGUCCUUUUCAUUUAAACCAAAGGUGAAGCCAGUGUACUUUCUCAGUGAGUUCUCUGCAUAAAGGCUAAUCGUUGGGACCAGGAUAAAAGGUCAUAUAAUAUAUUGUGGAAAUUGGUUACUUAAUGCUUCUGAAAAAUGGAACAAGGGGGAAACUGUAAUGUUGUGAUAAUGAACUUGCCAUUGGGCCUUCCAUAGGGAAAGCUGUGACUGACCUGAAAUGGCACUUAAAGUUCUGUCCUUGUAGGGCAAAUUAUAAAUCUUUUCCAGUUCAUCGCUCUUAGAGGUGAUUACCUCUAGCCAUCAGCCUUACUCCAUCCCAUGUUUAGUAUGCAAUUUGAGCCACAAGGGCCACAUCGCCAGUAGCUGAGUACAUUUUGUUCCAUUUUUCUAUCUUAGGGAGCCAUGAUAAAACUGUGGUAGUAAUCUGAAAAUCCUAGGGAAACUACUAUUUUUCUUCUUUGAAACUAUGGUUUCUAAAGUUGCACCUAAGGAGUCUGUCACAUUUUCUGUUGAAUCAUGGUUUUUAAGAUGUUUCAUUUUUGUUUUGUUUUAACAAAUAUUCCUUCUGAUAUGGACUUGAAAAUUAGUCUAUGGUAACCUGUGUAAAAAACUUACACAGUAGCAACUAACAAAUAGCCAUAUAGCUUAAUGAGAAUUUCUUUUUCUUUUCUUUUUUUUUCUUUUCUUUUCUUUCUUUUUUUUUUUUUUUUUUUUUUUUUUUUUUUUGGUGGCAGUCUGGUGCUAGCCACAUUUAAGUUUUUAAAAAUUGUUGUUGAUAUCCUAUAGACAGCCCUGUAGUUGAAAUCAUGGUUUUAUUCAUUUUAUUUAUUUUUUAAAACUUACCUAAAUCAGUCUAAAGGAGUAUUUGUGAGACUUACUUUUCUUUCUCUUUACCAUGACAUGACCUAAUAGUCUUUUCUGAAAACAGUUUUGAGGUACUAAUGAACUUAAACUGUAUAUGGAGCUGUUAAGAGAACAGCAGUGCUGUACUGUAGUUAUGUAUAUUCAUGUACAGUGUGUCUUAGAUCCCAGGUAGUCAUAUUCUUUUGUAAGGGGAUGAAUAGCUGCUUUCAAAAAUUCUGGCUAAAUGUAACUGGGUCAAUGAGUAAUAAAACUAAUAGAGAAGACACUUUUGGGGGGGAGAGGGGUGGGGAAGAGUAGUUAUAAGACCAUUAUUGGCCCUUAAUUAAACCUGACACUAAAGUGGAUAUUUUAGUCUUUCUGCAUGUGAAAUUUGGUGUAAGAAGAUAGAACUAUAAUACAUACAGUAUAUGGAAGGAUAGACAUAGUGCUUUGUUCCUCUUAAUUGCAAAGCUGCCAAAAUAGCUGAAGCUUAAUUAUUUGACUUGCCUUGAUUUGUAGGACUGGGGCUUUGAGAAAAGGAGCAGAUGUUCCUCUAAGACUCUGAUUACAGAAGCCUUAUAUACAUUGGUUUGAUGUUGUAUUUGUAGCUCAGAGUCAUUGUUGUCUAAAUCCAACUUUCUAAGUUAGCAAAACAACGUAAAAAAAUUUUUUUUCCCCACAAAGAUCUCAUGGUAACGAGAACCAGCUUACUCUCCCUUCCUUUGGCCAUUAGGGGGAGUUGUUGCCAUUCAUUGAUGUCUAGAAGCAAAUUGUUCACUUUUUUAGAAAAGUGAAUCCUUAAAAAAAAAAAGAAAAAAAUUUAAGAAAUUAUACUUUAUACCCAGAAAGAAUCAUAUUUGAUUUUUCCCUAGUUAAGAAGGUAUAAUGUUCAGCUUCAAAACUCCCAGCAUUAUCAUUAUUCAUUAUUAUUAUUAUUAUUAUUAUUCAAUGUACUGCCAUGAAGUUGUUUUUGAGUUCAUUAAAAAAUUCCAACAGCAUUAGGUUUUUGUUUUUUUUUUAAUGUUUUGUUUUUUAAAUACCUUUGAUAGACGUUUUAUUUACUUCCUAAAUAUUCGGGGGAUUCUAUGAGACCCUGAAUUUUAGAAACAUCUGGUCUACCUCAGUUAAAUGUUGACUGCAUAGAAAUAGAGAUGAAGUGAUUGCCACAGCCAUAAAAUUGUUUGAAUAAGAAAGAUUUAUACAAUGUUUACAAACCUGGAAUCAAGUAAGGAAUUUAUCUGAAAGUGAAAAGUUAGAUAUUAGAGCAAGUGUUUAAUUCAGGUAUUUUCAAGUUUUAAAACUUAACUUGUUUACCUACUAAAAAUAGCUAUAGUUUUUCUGCUUAUGAAAGUCCAUUGAAAUGAUAAUACCCUAAUUUGCAAUAAUUUUCCCAUAAAGUUUUAGGUAUGAAAGAAUUGUAAUUUACUGGAUAUGUUUAGGAUGGGAUAUUUUGUUGGCAGGUUUUUUUUUUUUUUUUAACAUUUAAUAGGCUUCCAACAAGAAUACAGUUGUUUCAAGAACAAAUUAUUUUUUGACAUUAUACUUUUCCCUUUUUCUUCACAGUAUUAGUAAAAUGAUAAAUUGUGCACUCUCUGGUUUUAGUUUCUAAUAUGCUUAUGCUUUUGAGAAUUUUUUAAAAAUUCAAGUUAUCAUCAUAGCCCUUUUUACAAUAAAACCAGCAUUUGUUCUCUCACCAGACCCCAUGUCAGAUUCAUUAUAAAGGAAGCUCAGCAUAAGUAAUUCAAAUCGUGCUUAUAAUUUUGGAGGUGGGGGGGGGCUGAUUUAGUAAAUAUUCCAACCGGUCGUUUUAUGCACAAGGCUUCAGUCAGAACAUAGAAAAAAAAAAAACAUUCUGUGAAUGAAAUAUUGUAUGUUCAGAUUUUAUAAAAGACAUUUUUAAAAGCCCAAUUUACAGCCGUAUAUUUUCUUAUGAUGUAAUUUAUGAAAAAGAUGUCUGUACUAACAGGUGCUGUAACACUACUGUUGUUGGAUUUUAUUGUUUGGUGAUAAAUGUAUACAAUAUUUCUAAGGGAAACUAUGUACUGUGAUGUAAAAGUCUGGGCAAAAUGUAUAUAAUCCUUGUAUAUAAUUGUGUAUUUGAUUAUAAUUACUGAUUGUAAAGAUUUAAUAAAAUAUGUAAAUAUU